AUGCGCACUCGUUCACAGCAAGCUUCGCCCGGUGGCUUCGUGUCACUCGACGAAAAUGCCCCCCGCCGAACCAGGUCUGCAAAGAACGCUGCGCAGCAGGAAUCUGCAACGUCAGAGCAACCCCCAACCCGUUCAAAGUCUCAGCGCGCACCUAAAAAGACUACUACCACUACCGCUACCAAGAAAUCCACGGCCAAGGCUCAGACACGAAAAGCUACUACAACCAAGCGCACGACGCGCCAGUCGACACGCAAAACCGACCAACCCGUUUCCGACGAAGAUGCGCAAAUCACCCACACAGAGGAGGAUUUCGCCACGGAUAAUACGACAGCAGAAAAGAAUACCCCCAGGGAGGUCCCAGAAACUGUCGACCCAACACCCGCAUCAUCUGAAAACGAAAACCCUGAUCGUGAGUCCCUACCCCACGUUUCUCACCCUUUUAUGGUCUCCCAACCCCCCAAGGAAUCCCAGGAAAUCGAUUGUUUUGAUGGUCCGGAUCCCCGGGGUAUCGGGGCUGCCUCGUGUCUCAAAUCCUUCAUCGACGAGCUAAGUAGUGUCGGCUCGCCUCUCUCUGAGAGGUCGAAGACGCCUUCCUGGACGUCGGAGGAUGGGACCGAGGCAGCCCUGGCACCGCGUCCCGCGCAGGAGUCGGGCGCCACCAACGUUGAGACAUCGACAACCACAGAGAGAGUCUCACUCCCGACUCCUGCCGCGGAAGAGCGCACCGUUGAGCCACCUGCGGAACCAACCGUGGCGGAGCCAAGGGGAGUCGCCAUCGUGACAUCCUCUGAGCAGUUCAACACUGUCUCAUCGGCUUCCGCUGCGGGCUCCGGAGGAGUGGUAGUCGUCGAGGACGAGCGGGUGGGCGCACUGAUUGCGUCCUUUGCUAGGUUGUCCUUGGAUGAUCUCGCGCCUUGCUCGUCCAAUGAAGCGGCUGCCACUCUGAUGGAGUCGACGACCGCGUCGUUCGGAGAGCCUGUUGAGCCCGCCCACGUCACUCGCCGAAGCCUUCGGGCUUCUCGACAAGAGUGGAUUCUGGGCUGGGCCCAACAGGUCCCUUCCACAGGCUACUUCCAUCCCAUCACAGGGCAGCUCGUGGAAGGGCCGGCGGCGUCGGUUGAGUUGGUGGGGGAUCCCGCGUCCAACCGUGGGCCCCCGACCCGUCGGAUUGGGGUUCGGGACUACAUCCUGCGAAGGCGACGCCGUGAGGUUCAAGUGAUGUCGCCGCUGCAGGAAGAACCACAGAGUAGUCCCGGCCCCGGCUCAAGGGCUGUUGCUCUCAACGCGGUGCCUCCCCGGGGAAUCCGGGCACAACGGGCACAAAAUACGAAGAGGCUAACAAAACCGCCAGUGACUCGGAAGCGUGCCCGGACAGAAUCGAGCGACGAAGAAGCUCCAGGCCCACAAACGCCUGCCGCAAACAAGCGGCGGAACCUUGGUCCCCCCGGCAGCACGCCGUAUCGACCCGCAACCAGGCCGCGCUCGUUGACGGCGAACAUUACUCCGUAUUCUGAGAGACUGCGGAGACGGGCAGCCGAAAAAGAUGGCCGUAUCCACUCCACCUCGCUUCGCGUUUCUCAAUUGCUGGCUCAGCAAGAAGCUGAUCGACGCCGUCAGGCAGCAGAGUCUUCUGCGCCCCCGUGCUCUGAGCUGCCACGUACCACUUUUGAUUUCUCGCUAGAUGACGCUCACGAAACCAGUCAAGGUCAAGAGCAGUCGCAAAGCUUACAGGAACAGUCUUCUACGCCCCAGCCGCCGGCCACCCCGGAGCGCCAGAGUGGUUGGAACAUCCGUGGUCUGCUCAACUCAGUACCUCGCACUUUCACAAGGAUCCUUCCCUCUUUCAGGAGGACCCCUGAACCUACUCAAGUGCAAGCGCCCCCCGAACCAUCUUCCGAGCGUAUUAGUCGGACGCAACCCACUCAGUCCUCAAGUAUUUCUCAGAGCCAAGCCCAGAACAGCCGCCGAUCCAGCGAGGAGCCACCUCAAAAGCGCCGCCGCAAGUCUUGGUCUCUCUUUGCGCAACCCUUUGAUAGAUCCCUCUACCUUGGGGACAUCCCUAAGAAGGAUUCAGCGACUUCCUCUUCUGCUCCGUUAGAGUCUCGCCCCGUUGCCAAGCUAUCAGCAGAAGCAACAACACCGCAAGAAUCAGCCACGUCGGACGCCAAGAAGGAUGUAGCCGCGGAAGGCGAAGAUUCUCGGGGGCGCGAGACAGAAGAACAGAAGCAAAAGAAGCGGAAGCGCUCUCCGUCGCCUGACGUGAUUCCCAAUCCUCCGGGGUGCAGUUAUGGGCUGGAUUUAGAUUAUUUCUGCUAUAGUUCUGAAAGCGAAGACGAGCAAGAACCCCCGCUGCCACGAACCGAGCCAAACAAAUUCGGCCGUUUAACCAGAACAGCUGUCCGCGGCGCCUUGCGCUCAGAGCGGCAUUCAUCGAAGAAAGUCCGCUUCGAUGCGAGCCCAGAAGAUACACCAUCCAAACUCCGACUGCGUGCUCGUGCAACCGACCCAUACCGUGGAAGACACUUCAUCGGAAUGGGUAAUGAUUCUGAAAUUGCUACCCCGGACUCCCCAACCCCCGCUCCCCAUGCCGCUGACGAGUCUUCAAGCCGCCGUCCUGGCUUCGUCCCAAAUGUUCAAGGGACUUUCCAAUUAGAUUACGACGCCUUUUCAGACGAUUCCGAUUCCAGCGGGGCCUCUGCCUCAGCGAAUGUCUCUGCCUCCGCACCUAUUCCUGCACCUAGCUCAGCGACUGUCACUCAGGCUAGUAUCUCCGAAAGUGUGCCAUCUACAGAGUCCCGCCAGACCCCACGUCAAGCGGCUCCUGCCCCGUCAACUCCUGCGAAAAUUGACGAAGAGGCCCUCGCCAGAGCUCGCUCACAAGCUGAGAAAUACAAGCCCAAAACUCCUAGUGGGCUUCGUACUGCAAGCAGAUAUUCGAGUCCUAUGACUGCUACGCCUGACACAGUCUCUGCGCCUGUCAUAGCACCGGCAAUUACACCGACACCAUCCACUUCUCAAACGGCACCCGCAUCCGCGCCUGAGCCCGAGCAGCAGACUACCGAAGAUUUCGGGGACGAUGAAUUUGCUCGUGAGGCUCAGUGGCUCUAUGAGAAUUGCCCAUCUGGAGAUCUCAACGACCUUGUGUGGCCUCAGCCGAUAACAUAUGAAGAGCAAGGUUUCAGUCCCGAGGUGAUUGAUCUUGUGAAUGAGAUCUGGGACCCCUCAACAGUCGACUAUGCCUAUACCAACAUCUGGACACCUGGUCUCGACGCUUUCAAGCGCGAAUUAGAAACUGGCGCGUCCGAAGCUGCACAAGCAUAA